CGGCCAUUAACACUUUAAGUCGGAGCACGGACAGAAAAGAAUCAGGCCUUGACGUUGGCCGGAUGGUUAAAUCCAACCUCCAGACGAUCCUGAAUAGCCACUGUUUUGUCAGAGAAAAAGAGAGUAAUAUAUCCAAGAUGCCAGUGAUCGAAAUGACCCGUAAUAAACCCGAGAGUGAAAGUUCCCAUCGCUGCAGUAACCCGUGUCCGGGGCCUCUGUGGUGUUCCGAUGUCCCUCUCCCACCCCUGAAGAUCCCAGGUGGGCGAGGGAAUGAUCAGCGGGAUCACAGUCUUUCAGCUAAGCUAUUCUAUUCUGAUGCUCAGUUACUGGUUCUUGAGGAAGCCCCUCAGCUGAACAGCCGUGUACGUUUUUUGCUCUUUGAGCGGCACUGCUCUGUGAGCAAGCACUUAGUCUGGAGGGGGGCACUGAAAGGGGGAAACCUUUACAUUGAAAUCCCCACUGGUGUCCUCCCGGAAGGCAGCAAAGAUAGUUUUUCACUCUUGCUGGAGUUUGCAGAGGAGAAGUUACAGGUUGAUCACGUUUUCAUCUGCUUCCAUAAGAGCCGAGAUGACAGAGCAUCUCUGCUGCGGACGUUCAGUUUCAUGGGCUUUGAGAUUGUGAGACCGGGUCAUCCCCUUGUCCCAACCCGCCUCGACGCUUUCUUCAUGGCUUACAGUAUCGAAAGAGACUCCGACAGUGACGAAUAAUGCUUUUCAAUCACAUCUUGCUUCUAAUUAUUAUGCUGUAUAUCACUAAACAUGGUCACCAUUAAAAGAAACACAGGAUGAAUGUCAAUAGUUUUUUUCGUAUUUGCACUAGUGUAAACCCAAUUUCCACAGUGACCAUUAGUUUUUAAGCUAUUACCACUGGGCUUACCUUCCAGUGUAAUUGGAUUCUUUGCUGGUUCCCCUUCAACCAUUCCCACACUGACCAUUUGUAGUCCAUAAUAUUUAUAGCGAAGAUCCCUCAAACAACAACGUUUGUAGAAUCAUGGUUUUCAUUGUUGAUCUGUUUUCUUUUUACAGUUGUUUUCUUAAUGUGUGCAUGAAUUGGAGUUUUUAGUUGUGACCUCAAUAGGAUCUGUCUGCAUGUACAACAGUGUGCAGAAUAAAAAUGCUCACCCUAUACCACUAA